AUGGCAAGUAAACACAAAAAGGAACAUAAAAAACAUAAAUCAAAACAUAAAAAAGAGAAAAAAUAUAAAAAACAUAAAAAAGAAAAACCUAGUAAAUAUACUACUAGUUCUUCUUCUUCCACAAGCUCUGAUGAUGCAGAAUUUGAAGAAAAAAAGUUACAGAGAGAACAAGAAGAAAAUUUUUUGGAAUCUGCCAUCAGCAAAAGCAAUUCCUCUAACAAGGAUAAAAAAGUUAAUAUUUCCAAAGAAAGAGAUGUGUAUAAUCCGAAAACUAACUGUAGAGAAUUAAAUCCCUAUUGGAAAGAUAAUGGGACAGGUCUUCCAUUGAAUUUACCAUCUCGAAAAGAUAAAAAUAUGUUUUUAAAGCCAGAUGAAGAAUCUAGUGUACAAGUAAAUAAUUUUUGGCAAAGAUCUUCUCAGGGAAAUUGGAAGAAAAAAAAUAAAAUUAUUGACACUGAUCUUGAAGAAAAAGAAAUUGUUACAAAUAGUUCUGACAAAAGUGAAUCUGAAAAAAAUAAAGUUGUAACUAACGAUGAACUUAAUAAACUCGGUGCGAAAAUAUUAAAGGCAGAGAUUUUGGGAAAUACUGAAUUAGUUGAAAAACUCAAAGCUCAAUUAGAAGAAGCCAAAUUAGCCAAAUCUAAUCAAGAUCCUCAAAAAUCUGGAAAUGAAAGAAAAGAAGUUGUCGUUUUAACUGAUACUCAAUAUACUAAAAAAUAUUCCAAUAAAUGUGAUCCACCUCCGACUAAAAGGCAAAAAUUGAGUAUGCAAGAAGCAAUGAAUGACAAACACUCUUUAAGCAAUUUGGUUAGUUUUGAUUCUAAAUUUUUUUUUCAUAAUUAUUUAAAAACUUUUUUUCAUUUUUUAAAAUUUUUAAAUUUACAGUUUGUAAUGGAAAAAAAAGAAACCAAAGCAGAUUAUGUAGCUCCAUCUCGAUUAAAAGUGAACAAUUUGGAUGAAUUAGAUGAUGUCUAUUUGGAUGCGACAACUUCUAAGAAAUUCAUUGAAAAAAAUGAAAAGAAAAAAGAAAAAAUGAAAAUGCAAGAAGCUUUGAAAAAACACAAAACAUUAGAAGGAUGUAACAUGUGUUUAGACAAUCGAAACGAUACAAAACACUUGAUUGUAUCAACUGGGAACAAAUGCUAUUUAUGUCUACCUCAAUUUGAAUCAUUAACUACAGGUCAUUGUAUUAUUGUACCUAUUCAGCAUGAAGCUUCUUCUAGAAAAUUAGAUGAAGAUAUUUGGGAAGAGUUAAAGACUUAUCAACAGUGUUUGACUAAAAUGUUUUCGGAAAAAGGAAUGGAUACAAUUUUCUUUGAAAGCGCCAGAUCAUUUAAUCAUUUUCCUCAUUGUUAUAUUCAAUGUGUUCCGUUGGAAAAAGAAAUUUGCGAUUUGGCACCCAUUUACUUUCAAAAAGCAUUGUCAGAGUCUGAAACAGAAUGGAGUAAUAAUAAAAAAGUAAUAGAUUUUAGAAAUAAAGAUUUAAGACGAAGUAUUCCAAAAGAUUUGCCAUAUUUUGCUGUUAGCUUUGGAACUGAUGGAGGUUUUGCACAUAUUAUCGAAGAUGAAAAACUAUUUCCAAGAAAUUUUGCAGAAGAAAUUAUUGGAGGAAUGCUUGAUUUGGAUCAUAAAAAAUGGAGAAAACCUAUUAAAGAAAGUUUUAGUGCUCAAAGAGAUAAAGCACUCAGUUUUGUUAAAAUGUGGAAAAAGUAUGAAUUCAAUAAUGAUUCUUCGAAAUCAUCAGAUUCUGACUGGUCACCAUAG